GUGGCUGGAUAGGCUACAAAAAACUUUAAAUAAAAUGUUAUGGUAAAAGAAGAAUUCAACGAAUUGACAUAAGUGUCAAAAAAUGGCGACGAUACACAUAAAUUGUGGGAAAGGCAAUUUAAACUGUAGCAAUAAAAACAGCAACGUUCAAAGCGUGCCGUUCAAAAUACUAGCGGACGCUUCUGCCAACGUGGAUAAAUAUUUCAACAAGUGUAUCAAAACUACCGAAAAUGGUCACUCUAAAGCCUCGUUCAGAGGAUUACCAUUGUUAGGAAAAAAUGUACGAUUGCCCGAAGGUUACCUGGGUGUAGUUUUGCACGAAAGUUUGAAACCGCACGACGAGAAGAGCGAGAGAAACUUCUAUGUCACCAACGAAUUUUCUAACAUUAAUUUCUGGAAUUGGGAUAAAGAUCCUAGUGAUAACGAUAGCAUAACACAAGCACUGCAGUGGCUGGAUGUGGCCAAUGCGCUACACAGUCCUAUUAUAGAAGAAUAGUAAAUUUGUAUUUCUUGUGAGCAAAAGUGUUACUGAUUAUUGAAGACUAAUAAUGUGCCUUAUACGUUAUAUAAUAAAACUAAACGAAACU